UUCAAAUAACUUUAAUAAUUUAAGUUUCAAACUAUGUACAUACGCAGUAUGAGAUUGAUAUAUUUUUAUUUGUUUUGUGCAUUAUGAAAAAGUUAAAUAAAGUUUUCCGGGGUGUCUCUUAUUUCCUAGUAUUAUUAAUUGGAUUUAGUUCAGCAGAUGAUGACAUAGAUUAUCCGACACUUAACCCGAGUUGGAGCUAUUGUUACGAAUUUACAUGGUUUGGGCCUAAUUACAAUAAUGUAACAACAUACGAUGGUACAUGUGACGAUUAUAUAGACGACACAAGGGCCGGAGAGCACAUUCCAUGUAUAUCUCCAAUUGUAAUAACAAACGACUCUACAUUACCAGAUAUGGACUAUUUAUGGACAAACCACAGAGCAAGUGUACUUUGCAUGCGAUCGUCCAAUCAAGCCUGUGUGACGUAUACUUAUAUCGACAAUGGAAUAAUUGCCAACCGUAGUCACAUGUGUGCGAGAGUUAGUUCAAAUGAAGGUAAAAUAUCUAGUGGCUGUUACAAACAAAAAACUGGAGGUUAUGACGUACAAAUAUGCAUCUGCGAGUCGGGCUAUGGAAUAUACCCCCCAUGCAAUAGCAAAGGAACAAUCUUGUAUACUCAGAUACUUCUUAUUUUCGUUGGAAUAAUUACAAUUUUUUUAAAUAGUAGGUAAUAUAUAUAAGAAGACAUUGUAUUAAGAUACAUAUUUUAAUUUAUAUUUAAUAAAAUUUUACACACAAAAA